AUGUCCACUGACGCGUCAUAUAGUAAGAAGCCGGGUGGAGGCGUGCCGCUACGCGUCAAGCCGGCUACAAAGUCUAAUGAAUCUAGCGAAGAAGAAGCCCAAAGCUCUGCAUCUAUAAGCGAGGAGGAAUCACAGCUGCUCAGUGCCUCCGAAUCGUUCGCUGCAAACGCCGGCCCGCAGCCUCCGAUCCCACAGUCUGUACCACCAAUGAACUAUCGUUAUGGCGGAGGCGUCGCGUUCCCACCCACAGGCGCGCAGAAGCAACCAGCAGGCACCCAGGCAGUGAGUCGUUAUCGAGAUUCGUUCUCGAGCAAUACAUCUAGCGCCUUUAAUAGUAGCGCCGCAUUUCAAUCAGGCGAUGCCAGAGUCGCUGGCGAAGAUGACUCCAUCCACAUGUGCCGACUCAUUUCUCAUCGCAUUGCAACCUGCACUACAUGGAUUAGCCGCUCCCCUGGGAUACCACCCGAGCGAUCCAACAGACACAAGGAGAUGCUAAACGAGAUCGGACAGCUUGUCAAUUCGACAGUUCAUAAAUUACGCAUGGAGCGAGAUCAGGCUGUCAGUGAAUUAAAAAAGCAUUACGACAUCUAUACGCGAGCCAUUCGUGACAAGACUGCGGCUACGAACAAUCUUGAACAACUCCAAAGGGAGCUAGGGCAAGCCCUCAGCAAAGAGGAUUCUCUCACCAAAGAGCUGAAGGAUUUGAAAGCUCGCGCUGACAAGUUAGAGGCUCAAAAUAGCGAGUACAAGACCAAAUUGAAGACCGUUCACGAUCACUAUUCUAUGAUGAUCGACAAAUGGUCUGCCCUUGAAGAAAAGCAGGGCAAGGUACUUCAGGGUUAUCAAGACCAGGUCAAAGACUUACAAUCUCGAAACAACCAGCUUGUCCAGGCCGGUAAAGUGAAGUCUGAGCAGGGUUCGGCUCCCCUUGUCAAAACCUCGCCGGGAUCUACUUCUGGGGGCGAGCACAAGGGCAGCUUGGAUAAAAAUACUUAUGCGGAGCUGCAGGAAAUGCUGAUAAAAAAGCAUGGACCACAGACGGGUGACGAUGCUACAGGCCCAUCUGGUUUCAAACCGAACCCUACGGCACCAUCGUGGGAUCCUCGUAGCAAAGCGACUGAGUCUCAGGGUUACCUGAAUGUUCCGUCUGCGAGCUCCGCUACUGCUCGCAAAGACUCUCCCGUUGGUGGCCCUACUAACUGGCCUGCCCUUAUCAACUCUGAUGGUUCAAAACGUGAAUCCGACAAUGGCGCUUCUCAAAAGCAACUCGUACACCCUCCCAGUGGUGAAAAACAAAUUUCCAGUGCUACGUUUCCUCGCCACAAGGAUGAAUGGUCUAUGGCCGAUAUCCAGAAUGGGCUCGACCAUAUAUUCGGGCUUACUAAAGGAUAUAUCGUCAGAUGCCAUUCGAAGCCGGGAGAACAGCCCAAAGUACCUGAUCUGAUGUUGGAGAAAAGAGAGACGACUACAUGGAACUACCUUCUUAGCCUAGUUUACUCGAACCGUUCUCAGGCGAAGAACCACAUGCUUUACCUCCUUGGUGUCCCAUCCUACAGGCCGUAUAUCAUCAUGCGUGUUGCGCUAGAUUAUCUCUUCAAGAAGGUCAUCUCCCCUGAUAUCUUCCUGGGGAUCGAUCGCACUCUAGAUAGUCACCUUAUCGCUCUGCAAGAAAAGAUUACGACGUUCCAUCGCUCGGGCGGGCGAGCCAAUCCCCGAGAUCGACAGCGCGUCAUUGACGAGCAUGCCCGCAUUGUCACCCACGCCCUGAAGGACAGCAGGAUAGAGUUCUUCAAGAAAGAGAGCAUUGAGCGACACGCUCACAUGAUGGCUAUCAUCAUGCAGCCGCUUCGAUCUAUAUCGGUGACGGACAAGGAUGCCAUCAAGCCGCUGCGAGUCAUGGUGUCAGCAACGUGGGAGGUCAGCGCCAAAGUGUGGAUGUCCGGCAUGACACUGCACUAUACAUUCCCCGAAUGCGCGUGCAAGUUUGCCGAAGGUACUAUGGAACCGGUGAAUGGCCCGGUAUUGGGCCUUACUCCUGCUGAGUUGCAGAUGUCUCAGACUCGGGUGUCGUUUGUCGUUUCUCCGGUGCUGUCCGUUCGCGACGAACGUAACGAGAACGAGCUUGAAUACCACGGCAUCAAGAAAGCACAAGUUCUGGUUAUGAAAUAA